UGACGUCUUCCUUUCGAUUCGCAACCUGAAAACGUGUAGCGUUCGGUUUUCGUAUUUAUCUCAAUUUUAAAGAACAAAAAUCUACAAUGGCCAAGUCCAAGAAUCACACGAAUCAUAACCAAAACCAAAAGGCUCACAAGAACGGCAUCACCCGCCCAAAGCGUCAACGCUCUGAGUCGACCCGUGGAAUGGACCAAAAGUUCUUGCGCAACCUCCGUUUCUCAAAGAAACACAACGUUUCCCGCGAAGAAGCCCUCAAGCGAUUCGAGGAACGCAAAGCCAAGAACCUCCCCAAGCCAGUUAAACUAUAAACUGUCCC